AUGUCCACACAGCCUGCGGCAGAGUCGUCGGCGGCGGCGGCAGCGGCGCCGCCAACGCCUGCAGGGUUGAAGUUAGCUCUGGGCCUGGAGGGCAGCGCCAACAAAAUCGGCGUGGGCAUCGUGCGGGGGGAUGGACACAUCCUGAGCAACCCGAGGCACACGUUCAUCACGCCCCCGGGGCAGGGUUUCCUGCCACGGGAAACCGCAAUGCACCACCAGGAGUGGGCGGUGCGCCUGGUGCAACAGGCACUGAAGGAAGGCAAUGUGACGCCCAGCCAGAUCAGUUGCAUUGCGUACACCAAGGGCCCCGGCAUGGGCGGUCCUCUGGUGUCGUGUGCUGUGGUGGCGCGCAUGCUGUCACAGCUGUGGCGUGUGCCCAUCAUUGGCGUCAACCACUGCGUAGGCCACAUUGAGAUGGGACGGAUUGUGACGGGGGCCCAGGACCCCGUGGUGCUGUAUGUCAGUGGCGGCAACACGCAGGUUAUUGCCUACGCAGACCAACGGUAUCGCAUCUUUGGCGAAACAAUCGACAUUGCUGUGGGCAACUGCCUGGACCGCUUUGCUCGCCUGCUGGGCCUGCCCAAUGAUCCCGCCCCUGGGUACAACAUUGAGCAGCUAGCCAGGCAGGGCACCAAGCUCAUAGAGCUUCCAUACGUGGUGAAGGGCAUGGAUGUCUCCUUCUCGGGGAUCCUUUCUUAUAUUGAGGGCGCAGCCAAGGAACUGAUGACAAAGGGUGAGGCCAGCCCCGCCGACCUCUGUUUCUCGCUGCAAGAGACCAUUUUUGCCAUGCUGGUUGAAAUCACGGAGCGAGCCAUGGCGCACGUGGGCAGCAACGACGUGCUGAUUGUGGGCGGGGUGGGGUGCAACCUGCGGCUGCAGGAAAUGAUGCAGGUGAUGGUGGGGGAGCGCGGGGGCCGGCUGUAUGCCACCGACGACCGCUACUGCAUCGACAAUGGCGCCAUGAUUGCCUGGCCGGGGCUGCUGGCACUGGGUCAGGGUCAAACAGUAGAGCUGGCGGAGACGACCUGCACGCAGCGGUACCGCACCGAUGAAGUACAUGUCAUCUGGCGCGGCUAG